AUGAACGUGUUUGUAGGUCGUGAUGAAAGUGUCAAGUCGAAUCUCAGAGCACAUUCGCCACACGGAUGGAGAACAGGCGAGGCUUUCAGUUAUAGGAUGGAUCCUGAUGUUGGGGCUGAGUGUCAGAAAGCCGUCAGUCUCCAGUGGAAAAGCUACAAACUGGUCCAGGACCCAGCGACGCGCCGCGUCACACACAAGAUCUACCGCUACGAUGGCGUGCACUUCAGUGUCCCGGACUCAGGGUUUCCUCCAGUGGGAGACCUGCGUGACCCCAGACCUCGCAGACUCUGGUCUCGGAGUAAAGAGAUGUCUCUCCCAGUGCCCAAGUUUAAGUUGGAUGAGUUCUACGUGGGGCCCAUCCCGCUCAAAGAGGUGACAUUCGCCCACCUCAACGACAACAUCAAAGAGCCGUUUCUGGCUGAAAUGUGCGGUAAGUUUGGAGAAGUGGAGGAGAUGGAGAUCCUGUUCCAUCCCAAGACCAGGAAGCACCUGGGACUGGCACGAGUCCUGUUCACCAGCACCAGAGGAGCCAAAGACACCGUGAAGCAGCUACACAACACUUCAGUGAUGGGAAACCUUAUCCACGCCCAGCUGGACAUCAAGGGCCAGCAGAGGCAGAAGUACUACGACCUGAUCGUGAACGGCUCCUACACUCCUCAGACAGUUCCACUGGGAGGAAAGGCUCUGAGCGACACAAACAGAGGUCCCCCACCAGUCCAGACGCAGGUCCAGACCCAAGUCCAGAGCCAGGCCCAGACCCAGACCCAGGUCCAGGGUCCUGUCCCGACUCUGGCUGCUGCUGACACGUCCUCAGAAAUCCGUCGCCGCCUCUCCAGUGAGCUGGCCGUGUUAGCGGCUGGAGUCCAGGCUCUCACAGCAGGGUCUCUCACGACAGGGUCUCUCACAGCGGGCUCUCUCACGACAGGUUCUCACCCACCGGCUCCUCUUCCUCCGGCUCCUCUCCCUGUGGACUUCACGGAGCCUCGUGUGGACCAGGCCUUCACCCCAGGGUCCAGCUCCUCGUCUCAGGGGGGAUCAGGGACCCCUCUCAGCUCUCGCUCUGGGACGCCCUUUUCCCAGGACUCAGGAUACGCAGGGAACAGACUCGGCUUCAGCUCGGCCUCUCUGGGCAGUGGGUACCCUCCUCAGGACAUGCUGCCCUCCUCCUCCUCCUCCUCAGCCGUGUCGUCCUCUGUGGGAGGAUACAAACUCCCGCGAUACCCGGAGGAUCUCCAGGACCAGUCUGUGCACUACCGCGGGCGCCCCCUAUACCCGCCUGGCUACCCGCCCUACCCCGGCAUGCCCCCUCCCCCUCUGCACCAGUACGAGAUGGAGCGAGAGAGAGCCUAUGGGACAGGACCACUGCCCACGAGCACCAGGAGGAACUCUUACCACCAGCAGGACUCCAACUCGUCCAAAUACUCGUCCCAUCACUCCCACCAUCACAGAGAAGAGAGAGGCUACAGCCGCAGAGACAGCACAGGACAGAGGUCAAGUGAACACGGGAGACACCAUCGUAACCACCACCACUCCCACAAUCAUCACAGCAGCAGCCGGCGGAGGACCAGCCACGACCGGGACCGAGACCGGGACAGAGACCGGGACCGAGACAGAGACCGGGACGAGUUCUCCCACAAUGAUCCACGCCACAACUCCCGCCGCUCCUCCUCCAACAGCAUGUCGCCCCCUCCCUCUGCACUGCCUCCAGCUCCCCCACAGGUCACCACCGCAGACCCUCCACAGACUCCACCCGCACCUCCCCCUCCUCCCCCUCCUUUGCCCCCGGCCGCUGUCAUGGCUGCUGCCGUUGCUGAGUCGCUGGACUUCACUCAGGCCCUGGACAGUCCCAAAGAGCAGUGGACCAAACCCAAGCGCAGACCCAGCACUCCUCCCGUUCCCCCCAAAACCCCGCCUCCUCCGCCCUGCCAAACCCCGCCCCCUGUCACCACUGUCACCUCCUCUGCUGCCUCACCUGUCCCCACGCCACCUCCCCCUUCCACCCCCCCUCCUCGCUCCGCCUCCCCAGAGCCGGACUCCACCCACGAGAGCCUCCCCUUUGUGCACCACAUCAGCAGCCUGGACUCACGCAUUGAAAUGCUCCUCAAGGAACAGAAGGCUAAGUUCAGCUUCCUGGCAUCGGACGAGGAGGACGAGGACAAGAGGGGAGGCGAGGGAGAGGGGGGAGACAGGAGGAGGGGGGAGAGGGGAAAGAAGAGGGGGAAAGGGGGAGGAGAGGGUAGGAAGAGUCCCAGCACCAAACCCACCGAGACCACGACCAAUGCAGACGCAGGAGCCAAAGCAGAGGACGCACAGGCGUCUGUCUCCGCCUCCAGGGCUUCAGAGGACGACAGCUCUCAGGCCUCAGCUCUGGACCAUCAGCCUCGCGGGGCACAGACACCCCCUUACAAUGGCCAGAGCCAGCCCUCCCCCCGGUCGUCAGGGGAGGACAUGGAGAUCUCAGAUGAGGAGGACGCCCCCCCCACGCCUCACGCAGCUCCGCCCACCUCCCCCUCCCCCCCUCACCCCCCCUCAUCCCCCACGGCCCCAGACUCCACCUCCUCCUCACACUACGCCCCUCUGCCCUCGUACCCCCCCCACCUGCCUCCCCCGCCCGGCUACAGCCUGCAGCCUCUCCCCCACCUGGGGGAGUACCCGCCCCUACCUCCCCCCCUCUAUGCCUCGUCCGUGGAGCUGAUGAGUCAGUACAGCGGUGGGGCGCCCAUGUCCUUCCAAAUGCAGACGCACAUGCUUAGUCGGCUGCACCAGAUGAGGCUGGCUAAUGCUAACGCUAACACAGCGGGGCCUGGAGAGGGCGCCACAGCUGACUACAGCUCCUUCCACUUGAUGCCUCCUCCGUUCAUGGAGCAGGAGAGCAGCAGCACUCACUAUGACCAGGACCACAGGUACGACACUGACGGGUACCUCCCCCCACACAUGCCGUACCCAUACCACGCCGACCCCUCCCUCCCUCCCCCUCUGCCUCCCCCUUCCUGGCCCCCCUUGCCCCCACACUUCCCCUUCGUCCCUCCCCCGGGAUACAGCGUCCCGGCUUCCACUCCGGGGGAGGGGUCAGAGUUCACCGAGAGCAGAGAGGAGACGGAGCACCCCCAUGAGGCCACUGUGCAGCUGGUGCUGGCCUCGCUGAUCCAGGAGAUGAAAAACAUCAUGCAGAGAGACCUCAACCGCAAGAUGGUGGAGAACGUGGCCUUCAACACCUUCGACGAAUGGUGGGAGCGCAAGGAGACCAUGGCCAAGCCGUUCCAGACCAUGGUGCGUGGAGUGUCUGCUCUCCGCGAUGAGGAGAAGAAAGAGGAAAAGCUGAGUCGACCUAAAGAGCCGCUCCUGUCUCUGGUGGACUGGGCCAAGAGCGGGGGAGUGGAGGGUCUCAAUCUGCGGGGGGCACUGCGCCUGCCCUCAUUCAAGGUUAAGAGGAAAGAACCUCUGGAGCUGCAGGAGGGAGACCUGAAGAGACCACGGCCUCAGACACCUCCAGAGGACACAGCUGAGAGGAGGCGAGCGGAGGAACGACAUGCCGCAGAGAGAGACAACAAACGCAGGAAAAAGAAGCCCAGGAGCCGCAAACCGUGGGAGCUGGACAGUGAGGGAGAGGAGACGUCUGGCUCCGAGGAGGACAAGGACGAGGAGAGCGGGAAGGACUCCGAUGAUGAAGUCCUCAGUGCAGACAGUGAUGAUGAGAGCCUGUCAUCCUCCUCUGGCUCCUCGUCUGGCUCCUCCUCCGAAGACAGCGAGGAAGAGGAAGGAGAGAGGCUCGACACCGACCCUGACACCAUGGACGAAUCUACCAUGGACAGCACCAUAGACGGGACUAAAAUGGCUGCAGCAGAUUCUAAUGUGGACGUUCGAACAGAAUCCAGACCCAUCAAACUGGACUUGCUCUCAGCCCCUGAACCAGUCUCCAAGCGGCCACACUCCCCUCUCCUCCCCCGCCCCUCCUCCCCCGUCAUACUGGUGCCGCCGCUCAAGAAACGCCGGAAGAACGUCUCCUUCUCCACAGACGAGUUGGAUGCCAGACCCGCACUCCCGUCCGUCCCUGCGCCUCCCUCUGAGCCCGGCCUCCCCACCUCUGCUCCUUCACCGUCUCCUGGGAAACACGCCGUCCAGCUGCUUCCGUUUGCCUCCAAACCGGGAGCCGGCGCCGCACUCAUCCUGCCGCCGCACACCGAGGACCUCAAGAAGACCGUCCCCUCGUCGCCACCGCCCGCCAAGUCCCCGAGCAAACGCAAAGACUCUCCCAAAGCCGUGGUGGUGGUGUGCCGCACCGUGCAGAACCUGCCGCUGGACCACGCCUCCAUGUGCAGAGUUGCAUAUGAGGAGGUGCCUCAGACCAAACGCAGGAGCAAACAGCGGGUGCCAAGUCUGGAGGACGACACCGAGAGCCGUCUGCGCGGAGCCUCCGGUCUUCUGCAGCUUGCCGCCACCACAGACCUAUCUGUGCUGGCGGACGUGGCUUUGAAGAUGGAUCCGGGGAGUUCAGAGGAGACGGAGACGUCAGAUGAAGCAGAGGAGCAGAAACUGGAGGAGCCGUACCUCCCGGAGGCGCUGGUCAUGUGUCCUGAAGGCCUCAUGGUAUUCAUUGAGCAUAGCUACUGCAGACCGCCACACACUGCACCACUCCUGCGCCGCACCAAGCAGGAGGCGUUGCUGCUUCCAGACCUCAACGCCAUCUCAGGAGUGUUGGAGGCUCCAGAGGAGGUAAUCGAGGAGGCGCACAGGGAGGCGCACAGAGAGGUGAAGGUGGACACGGCAGGGCAGUCAAAGAAGAAGGGAGGAGCCAAGAGCCGAGUGGAGCGCGAGAAAGAGCGGAACCGUAAGAGACGGCGUGACAAGGAGAACGUGGAGCACAGCAAGAAGCGAAAAGAGACACCGAGCAAGAAGCAGCGCAAGAAGAAGCAGGAGGACUCGGAACCUGAGGAGGAGGUGGACGUAGAGGAACUGGAGUCUGGAGAGCUGAGUAGUUCCUCUGACUCUGAGGCCUCCCUCCGCAGAGGAGCGGGGAGAGGGGCGGAAGAGGUGAGGAAGAGCGAGAGGCUCUUCCUUCAGGAGGUGUUCCGCCCUGGAGAGCUGCCCUCCCCCCGUGCCGCCCCCCCUACCCCAGCCAUCAAAUUCGAAAACCGCAGCGAGUUCGAGCAGAUGACCAUCCUCUACGACAUCUGGAACUCUGGUCUGGACGGGGAAGACCUGGGACUGCUGAGGCAGACCUACGAGAAGCUGCUCCAGGGCGACCACGGCGCCGACUGGCUCAAUGACACUCACUGGGUUGGACACACAGUGACCAACCUGCCAACUCCGCGGAGGAAGAAGAAGUCCCCGACCAGCGCGCUGAGGGAGCAUAUGACCGGCUGCGCCCGCAGUGAGGGAUACUACGCCAUCAGCCGCACAGAGAAGGACGUGUACCUGGACCUGGACCUGCCAGAACAGGUCCUCAGGGAGGGGGAGAACCUGGACUCUAUGGGAACCAACCGGCUUCUGUCGGAGCGGCGGUCGGAGCAGCGCCGCUUGCUGACGGUGAUCGGGACGUCAGCCACGAUGGACUCAGACCUCCUCAAACUGAACCAGCUCAAGUUCAGGAAGAAGAAGCUUCGAUUCGGACGCUCGCGGAUCCACGAGUGGGGCCUGUUUGCCAUGGAGCCCAUCGCCGCCGACGAGAUGGUCAUCGAGUACGUGGGCCAGAAUAUCCGGCAGAUGGUGGCAGACAACAGAGAGAAGCGUUACGCACAGCAGGGCAUUGGCAGCAGUUACUUGUUCAGAGUCGAUCACGACACAAUCAUCGACGCAACGAAGUGUGGAAACUUGGCACGAUUCAUCAACCACUGCUGCUCUCCCAACUGUUACGCUAAAGUCAUCACCAUAGAGUCCCAGAAGAAGAUAGUGAUUUACUCCAAACAAUCGAUUGGCGUCAACGAAGAAAUCACCUACGAUUAUAAGUUUCCUCUGGAGGAGAACAAGAUCCCCUGUCUGUGCGGCGCCGAUGGCUGCCGCGGCACGCUCAAUUAG